AUGGCGCCUCCACGCAGAAAGGUCCUUGCGACCGCCGAAGGAACCAUGUUCCCACCCGACGAGCUGUCGAGCACGCAACAGAUCGUUCGAGCCAUCAAGGCGACCGGAAACAAUAUCUACUUGAUUGAGCAAGCCGACAAGGCUCAGAUGCUCGUGGAGCUACCAGCGAGGUUCCGAUCGACCUUCUGGAUCAAACGGGGAUCGUACGUGGUGAUUGACACCCAGGCGCAGGAGGAGCGGGACAACAAGAUCGGAGGAGAAAUUAUCAACAUUGUGCGCGACGAGAAGGCUUGGAGGAAGGCUUCUUUUUGGCCAAAGGAAUUCGUCAAACAGCCUGCCGCUGUGGUUGAUUCUGACUCCGACGAGGAAGAAUCAAGGGUGGGAAAGAUGCCAUCUUCCGAUGAGUCUGAUGCAUAA